AUGAGUCAAAAUAUCGCUGAGACUAAUACUAAACAAAGACCUUUGCCAACGGAAGAUGUGCAUGAGAAGAAGGCCGAGGAUGAGUGCUACUAUCUCUUUCGAGUGCUUCCGGUUGAAUACCCGAAGUUCUUCUCCCUGGCUUUCUUGGGAUUGAGUAUCUCGUUUAUAUACUCGACCUUGCGAGAUGGGAAAGAUACACUUGUUAUGUCCCGGAUGUUGCCCACUUCUAUCUCCUUCCUUAAAUCAACCAUGGUUUUGAUCUCAACGAUGGCUUUUGGUAUCUUUUUUCAGAUGUUAAUGUCUAAAGGCGUUAAAAUGCGAACUAUUAUGAUUGGGGCACAUGUGGUAUUUGCCUCGUACUUCUUGGUCUAUGCUUUAGUUAUCUUCCCUUUCCGUGAGCAGAUUGAGCCGUACAAGUACGCCGUAAUGGACAUGUUUGCCGAUGGGAAGAUGAAAGUUAAUGGAUUGGAGUUUUUAAAUGGGUUCUUGUGCAUCUUUAACUGCUGGACCGGAUCUUUGUUCUAUGUGGCGGCAGAAAUGUGGGGUAGUGUAGUGCUGUCCCUGCUCUUCUUUGGCUGUGUGAACGAACUAUGUCUCUUGCGACAAGCUUUGCGUUUCUAUCCCUUGUUUUUGAUUGCGGCUAAUCUGGCAUUAGUCGGUUCAGGACUAAUUGGCGUUGUAGUUAGUAGCUUGGCGACGAGUGACCAGUUUAUUGAAACUUUCUACAAGUACUUCCUAUUGGGUAUUGCCGGGUUGAGUGUAGUGAACAUCUUUGUUUACAAGUACUUGAUGGACCGCGUGGUUCCGUACCCACUUUACAUUGUUGAUGGUCCACCCGCACCAAAGAAGUCCAAGACCAAAGUCGGACUUAUGGCCGGUAUUAAGAUGGCCUUCUCCAACCGCAUUAUCCUUUGUAUGUCCAUUUCGGUUCUGGCUUAUGGAGUCGUCACUAACUUAACCGAAAGUGCAAUUAACUCAUCAACUGUGCAGGCAGCCGAUGCAAGAGGAUCCAGUGCCGCAUCAAUUGGCCAAGCCGCCGCCAAUGCCGUCAGUGAAGCCCAUAAGACCAAAGCAGCUAAAGUCAUGUACACCAAGGCCAUCCAGCAAAUCAAUAUCGGAACGGUCACUAUUCUCUUCCUUAUCUCUCCUCUUAAGAACUUAAUCCAAACUCGUGGCUGGCUAUCUCUAGGUCUACUUUCUCCCAUCUUUUCUUUAAUCGGAUCUACUAUUCUCUUUAUGGUCAUGUGGCUCAAUGUGCAAACAGAUAGUAAAUCCACUGGAUUCCUAGCCACUCUAGCCCGAUCACUUGGCCAAAAACUAACCCCAGAUACACAAAAAAGACUCAAUCUUGAAGUCAAUAUUGGUGUAAUCGUAGUCAGUGCAAUCAAAAUCCUCAAAUACGCCGCCUUUGAUAUCUGCAAGGAAGCCAUUGGUGUGAAAAUACCCAAAGAACACCGUUCCCGACUGAAGGGUGUCUACGACGGAGUUUUUGGUAAGCUAGGCAAGUCCACUUCAGCUGCCGUCCAAAUCAUCCUUCUCGGUAUAAUCAACACCAAUGACAUUCGGCAAGCCGUUCUUAUUAUUGGCUCCGCCUCAAUUCUUAUUACGAUUCUCUGGCUCUAUGCCACUGUUUAUCUCAGUAAGCAGUACACCCAAGCAGUCAAAGACGGCCGCGACCUACCUGUUGCCCCCACCGAGGAUGCAACCACAACCAACCAAGCCGCAGCCCAACCCUAG